GCCCUUGUAUCGAUGUCCGCCAUAGCCGGGUACGGCAUGGCUCCCACGAAUCCUGGAUUUGUGUCAUUCCUAUCGUGCGCUGUGGGGACGACCUUGACCUCGAGUGCUGCCAACAGUAUUAAUCAGUAUUUGGAAGUUGAUUUGGACGCGCGUAUGAACCGAACGAAGAACAGACCAAUCGUCCAAAAAAUUCUUGGACGCAAGCAAGUUAUGAACUUCGCCUUUCUCUGCGGUUUCAUUGGAGGUUUAAUUCUGUGGGCGGGAUCAAACGGCUUGACGUCAUUUUUAGGGGUGUCCAACAUCUUCCUGUACACGCACGUAUAUACCCCGAUGAAGCGUACGAGCGUGGCAAACACCUGGGUAGGGUCCGUAGUGGGAGCGGUACCUCCCAUGAUGGGGUGGACCGCCGCCACAGGAAGUUUGGGACUGGGUGCUUGGCUACUAGCAGGGGUUCUCUUCGCCUGGCAAUUUCCACAUUUCUGCUCUCUCAGUUGGAAUUUGAGAGGGGACUACGGCAAAGCGGGCUACAAAAUGAUGUCCGUGGUCGACCCGCAGCUUUGUAAAAAUACCAACCUUGAGUUCAGCAUUUGUCUAAUGUUUAUCACGGUGGCUUUCCCCAUUUUUCAAUUGACAACUUGGACGUUUUUUGUUCUGGCGCUACCCCUUAAUUUGGGACUGGUUGAGUUGUCGUGGCGUUUUUAUAGGAAUGGGACGAAUCCGGAUUCUAAAGUUUUGUUUAAGUUCACUCUGAUACAUUUGCCGCUGUAUUUUGCGUUGAUGUUUUUGUUUAAGCUGGGAUAA